AUGUCAAGAAGUUUGUUCCUUCGUAUUGUUGAUGCAGUGAAAGAUUAUGACUAUUACUUCCAACAACAAAGUGAUGGACUUGGUAGAAUGAGAUUAUCACCGUUACAGAAAGUAACAGUUGUUUUUCGCAUGUUGGCAUACGGCCUACCAGUUAAUACUACGGACGAAUACGUUAAAAUAGAGCGGUAUCUACGAACACCUAACGCUAACGAUAUUGCUAGGCUACUCUAUAUUGGACGUAGUGGGUCACCAACUAUUAUCCUUGAAAUUGUGGCAGAUUAUGAUCUUUGGAUAUGGUACGCAUAUUUUGGUAUGUCAGACACCAAUAAUGACAUCAAUGUACUGGAGUCAUCUAAUCUUUUCUUUAAUCUAGCUCAAUGUAUUGCUCCUCCCGCUCACUAUGUUAUUCAAGGAAAAGAGUAUAAUAUGGGUUAUUAUUUAGCUGAUGGUAUAUAUCCAAAAUGGGCUACUAUUGUACAAACAAUCCAACAGCCACAAAGUAAGAAGAAAAAUUAUUUUGCCAUGAAACAUGAAGCAUGUAGAAAAGAUGUAGAACGUGCGUUCGGAGUUCUCCAAUCACGAUUUGCAAUUGUGGCAGGAUCAGCACGUUUUUGGAAAAAACAUGUAUUACAUGACAUAAUGACUGCAUGCAUUAUUAUGCACAAUAUGAUAAUCGAGGAUGAACGUGAUGUUUAUGCACCAAUUCAAGAAGUGAGGGAAGCACCAAUACCAGAAGUUGAUAUUGUAGCAGAUGAAACUACAAGAUUUACUCAAUUUAUUACACGUUACAGACAAAUCAAUGAUAAAGAUGCCCAUAUCGCGCUUCGUAAUGCAUUGAUAGAUCAUUUAUGGGAGGAAUACACUAAUUCAGAUAGUUAA